AUGGUUACUUCAAAGUGUGAGAUCAAAGUAGUCUUUGGCUCAAUGACCAUUGGCAGACCAGGUGACGCCAUCCGCACCUCCACCAUCAGAGGCGCCGCAAAGAUCCUCGAUGUAUUCCAAGCCCACGGACAUUCCGAAGUCGACUCAGCGCGAGUCUACGGCGGCGGAUCAACCGAAGAAAGGCUUGCCGAAGUAGACUGGCAAUCCCGAGGACUCAUCAUGCAAACUAAGCUCUACCCGACCAAGGGAAAAGGGAUGUCAUGGCUCACGUCCGAAGAAUACACACUCUCUCCCGCCGACGUCCGUCGCGGUUUUGAAGCCAGCAUGAAAGCUCUCAAUACCGAUCGAGUCGAGAUGUUCUACCUGCACGGACCGGACCGCAAUACGCCACUCGAAGAAACCCUCAGCGAAAUUAACAAACUUCACCAAGAAGGAAGAUUCGACCGUUUCGGCAUCUCUUACUUUGCAUCUUGGGAAGUAGCCCAAAUUUGCGACAUUGCCGAGAAAAAUGGCUGGAUCAAGCCUUCAGUUUAUCAAGGUCUCUACAAUACAUUCAAUCGAUCCGUAGAAGCUGAACUCAUCCCCUGUCUCCGUCACUACGGGAUUGCCCUCUACGCAUGCCAGCCUCUCGCCGGCGGGUUCCUCACCUCCAAAUACCAUCGCGAGCAAACCGAAUACGAAACGAACUCGCGUUUUGAUCCCUCCAAGCCGCAAGGGAAACUGCAUCACAGUCGUUACAUGAACGAGCGAAACUUGUAUGCACUAGAAGAUCUUCUGCGACCAGUGAUUAAGAAGCAUGGACUUACCGAGGCGGAAUGUGGAUUGAGAUGGGCGGCGCAUCAUUCGUUUAUGAAGAAAGAGCUUGGGGAUGGGGUGAUUGUGGGAGCAAGUAGUCCCAAGCAAUUGGAGGAUAAUUUGACGGAUUUGGAGAAAGGGAGGUUGCCGGAUGAUGUGGUGGAGGCGUUGGAGGAGGGUUGGAAACAUAUUUCAGGUACUUAUAAGUAUUUUCAUUGA